AUGCGUCACAGGAAAUUUAACGGAAUUCCCACAUUUAUAUGGUACAUACAUUUCACAACAUGUCGGCAGUUUGAAGUUUACAUGGCAAUAUUUUGACGAAAAAUGUAUUUUUCAUGAUUGUUAGUUCAAAAAUGCCAUCGCCAAUUAAUGGUUACCACCAAGACGAAACAGUGAAACCAGAAAAUGAGAUAAUGGGUCGCGAAAAUAUCCAAACGACAUCUGCAAGACCAACGUUAGUUCGACAGAGAAGUAAUGUUCAGAAAGUUGAGGAUUGUGCUGAAGACUUGUCAGAUGGGGCCGAUGGCACAAAGCCACAUAAACCACACAGACCUGAAACGAUAAACGGACGUUCAGAAACUGGACAAAAAAGUGUACAUUUUGCCAACGGCGAUUUCAACAAUGGUGCUUGUGGUUCCGAUGAUGGGAUAGACUAUCGAAAACCAGAAACGCCAGAAGACGAAGAAACUUCACUCACAGACGAUAAACAUGGCAAAGUAAGACAAAGGCAAAAAUGGAAAAAACAAAGGCGACAGCAAUGGAUAGCAAUCUGUAGUUGUGGAUUUUUUAUUUUCUUAGUAGCUGCUGGAGCAUUGUCCUUUGCCGUGUAUAGUCAUGUACAGCAAAAACAAAAUCCCAACCACAAGCAUGGUGUGUUGUUUUGUUAUUCUUGUGAUAUUGUCAAAGCCGAAGACAUCAUUACAUAUAAAGAAGACUACAAAAUGUGUUGUGUGGGAAAAGAUGCCAAACUGAAGAACUCUGAAGUAAAGGCGUCACCAUUAACUGCAGAGAUAGAAGGAGAAAAAGAAAAAGAGAGCCACCGAGUGCAGUUCCAAGAAAUUGGUAUCGAUGUAGCCCGAUCAGAAGGAGAAUUCCUGGGUUUUAGAAUGUUGUUUGCAGAAUCUUCUAACAACCCAACAUUUUUGCAUUUAACGAACACUGCAAAAACGGAGAUCUUAAUCGAAGAAUCUGGUCUGUACAUGAUGACAAUGACACUGACAACACGUGCGCCAAGUUCAGAAAAACCAGGUAGUUACUUCCGGUUUAUGGCUUGUCUGAAGUUCCAAAAUGGCAACUUCCAAGAUGAUGAAUGUCGAAAAAUUACUCUGCUGCCCAAUGUUGGAGACCCAUUUGAAAUUCACAAAACUAUAAACCUUAAUAAAGGAACAAUUAUACGGGCAACAUCCACAGAUACAAGCUUUUUAGAACGCAAUGUUAUUUUAAACAAAAUGCAAAUUGUUCAGUUGCACAAAUCAUAAAUCAUAUUAAUGUAUUAUAUAAAUUACUAGUAUUUAGUUCGAUUUUUCAAUACCAUCAUAUGGUAACAAAUAGCGCUUGCAAAUUUGCGACAUGCCAUUAGGAGACCGAGAAAGGGUUUUUGUAUGUGUAUAGGUGCUAAAUGGAGUUGAAUGAAAAGGGUCUUUGAAAAAUGGUUUUCCUGUAAAAUAUCCUCCAUGCUCUUUAUCAUGGCUGUCUGGUAUUUUAUUUGUCUUUGACUACUACAAAUAAAAUUUACGAAAGAUGUAUAUCAGAUAGGGCUAUACAAAAAAGUAUGUUUCAAUGUGUUUAUAGUUUCCGCCUGAAUAAAACGUGUAAAAAAAUGAUAUGUUGGCAUUUUGAGGUAUAUUAGUACUGUUUUAUUCAAGAAAAUAAAUUUGCGUUUUAAAUUUUUGUUUUGGUCGAGUUGCAUAUUUAUUGAAGUGUAAUACCGCAUAUCACUUAUUAUCUAUACUAAUCUGUAGGACCUUAAAAUAGUUAUUCAAAUGAUUUUUGGGUAUCAUUAAACAAGUUGUACAUGUACAUAAGUUAAGUACAUUGUAUAAAGAUAUGAUGUACCGUUAAUGUUAUUACAAAUACCCAGAGCUUAGAGCCCAAAACAACCAUCAAAUCAAAAUAAAUUUAUGUUUAAAAAAAAAUGAAUUAACUUUAGUUCGCCUCUAACUUGAAUAUUUUCAUAACAUUAUAGCCCAGCCCUUCAAUUAAACUUACAAAUUUAAAUGCAUUGUCAGCUCCAAUGUGCAUGUUUUUUUCUAAUUAAAAGUCUAUGCAUCUGAUUACAUAAUUUCAUAUAGUUACGCUAAGAGGUUUUAUGUCAUGAUUAUAAUACAUCAUAUUUCUUACUUAUCAUUGAAAUGAUAACACACAUACGAAUACUUAAAUACUCAUUUUUAAUCAAGUUUCAUGAAUUUUUAUAAUCUAUGCAUUUAUAACACUUUUAUAAAGCAUUUAUGCUGAUAGCGUAAGGUAUGUGCUUGACAAUCUAAUGAUCUACAGAUCUAUGCAGAAAUACAUUGUUUGAUAAAGAAGUCUUCCUAGUAUGUGAAUGCUCAUUUUGUCAUAAGAAACAUUUUUAUAUAAUAAAUUUACAACAUCCUAGAAGUAUUUUGAUAUUGAAAAAACUGCAUUCUGGGAAGAAUGUUUUUGUUCAUCAUUUCUCAAAAUAAAUAUUGAAAUAAUUUCUAUUUGUAUUUAUAUGUAUAUGUAUAUGUUCUUUCCAACAUGCAAAUGCCAUGAGAUUAUCUGUGAUAUAAUUAUUGUGUUGUUAUGGACAACGAUUCCAUAAAAAAAUCGCCAAAUAUGAAUCAGCAUUUGAAAAUACCAUACCAUACAUACUAUUGCUUCAUUAAACUGCUUGUUUGAUUUUUUUAAAUCACAGUUUACGUUUUUUUUUAUAUAUAUUUGUAAAUAAUUUGUUACAUUUUUGUUUAUAUUUGUUUGUUUAUAAUCAUAAAUAUUAAGAUGACUCAAGGGUGGAAAAAAUGAAGUUGCCAUUUUCGAUCUGAAAUGGUUGAUAGAUUUUUAUUGAAACUUUCCAUCUUAAAGUUAAAAAUGCAAUUCAUUUGCAUGCAUUUUCCUUUAUGAAUUGAUAGAAAAGGGAAGUUAACUCAGAGAAUUAAGUUUUUACGUAAAUUUACCUAUUUCGUUUUGUUAUGAAUAAACGUGCUCGGUUAUUUCCUUUUUUCUGUUUAUUUUUGUGUGGAAGUAUUUAAUCAUGUAAUGACAACUAUCUCCUUAAAUUUAAAGUGCAAAUUUUACUGUCAAUUUCCUGCUUUUUCUUCUUAUUCAAAGAAGAUAUAUAAAUUUCCUUAUAUGUAUAUACCAAUUCAUUGAAUUUUGCUUGACCUGAAACAUAAAACAGUUUGGAUGACUUCAUUGUCAUUUUUGAACUGCAUUGUUUAAACUACUUAAAAAUAGAAAAUGUUCUAUCGUUUAAGUCUUGAAACCCCAAUACAAUGUUCAAUGAGUUAUCAUUUUAUAUACUGGCUGUAGAAUAGUUGCACCAUGGUCAUGUGUGUCAAGAAUUGAGAUCACUUUUUAUCUAUGCAAAUUGGAACAAAAAUAUUGUUGAGAACAUAUUUGAAAGUGUUUGUUGCGUUCAAAUUUGUUUGUUUAUUUGAUAAAGUUAAAUGUUGACUAUGAUGGUAGAAUAUGCAAUCAUAUAACAUCUAUAUAUCAUCUCGUCCUAAAAAUGCAUGAAAUAUUUGCUACUGGACGUUAAGAGACCAACAAUUAAUCAAUCAACCUUAAAAUUAUAUACAUUACAGGGUCUAUUUCAUUUGUUAGUCAUAUUUAUUAAAUUAAAAGGUUGUAUGAUAUUUAACAUUAGGAAAUAUACAUCAUAAUUUUGAAAAUACAAACAAAAACUAAAAAUGAGCCGUUUCAUUUAUGCAAAGAAUAGAGCUUUAACUCAUAAUUGUAUACGUUCGUUAAACAUUUAAGUUAAGGCAUUUGCAUUGUAUCAUACAAAGUCUUGUGACUGGAAAUAAAGGAUAUGCAUUUGCAAAAUAUGUCAUAGGUUUUAGAAAACAUUUAAUGAAUUUGUUUUAUAUUUUUAUUGAUAUAUAUGAAAUAAAAAGAAUUUAAUUUUAA